CCAUUAGCUGUAAUCCUAACUACACCACUAGCUCCAUUGUCUACAGCCAAGAUUUUUUUUUUUACAGCCAUAUCUGCUCUGAUUCUACGGGCUGGGAUGCACACUUUGAGGAUCUGGAGCUGAAAUUCCUACAAUAAUAACAUAAUCUCAAACUGUAGUUACUUGAAUCAACAAAGCCAGAUUCAGCCCCUGCUCUGACCUCCUACAAUACCAACUCCAGAACAAAGACAACAUAGGCCAGCUGCCCUUGGUGUUCUGUAAGAAUACUCAUUAGCCAUUCUGGAAAUGGACUUGCUGUCUGGAACCUACCUCUUGGCAGUCUUAUUUGCCUGUAUUGUAUAUCAGUCUGGUGCUCAGGAGAAGAAUUAUACAGUGAGGGAAGAACUGCCAGAAAAUGUCCUGAUUGGCAAUUUGCUCAAGGAUCUCAACUUGACGUUGGACCCAGAUGUUCCUCUUUCAUCUCCUCUUCAGUUUAAGCUUGUGUAUAAGACUGGAGAUGUACCAUUAGUGCGGGUAGAGGAAAACACUGGUGAGAUUUUCACUACUGCUAACCGUAUAGACCGGGAGAAGCUGUGCUCUGGAAUCUUUAGUGAGAACCGCUGCUUUUAUGAAGUGGAGGUAGCUGUUCUGCCCGAUGAAGUCUUCAGAUUGGUCAAGAUCAGAUUCCUGAUAGAGGAUAUCAAUGACAAUGCUCCUCUCUUUCCCGCAACCGUUAUUAACAUCUCCAUCCCUAAAACCCCAGCCAUUAAUUCCCGGUACUCUGUCCCUUCUGCUAUUGAUCCUGACAUUGGAGUGAAUGGGAUUCAACAUUAUGAACUUCUUAAGCCUAAAACAGCUCCGAAAAGGACAUUUGGAUCCAUUACGAAUGAUCAGGGUCAAAAUGUAUUUGGACUUGAUAUAAUUGAAACACCCGAGGGAGACAAGUGGCCACAGCUUAUUGUCCAACAAAUCCUGGACAGGGAACAGAAGGACACUUAUGUGAUGAAGAUUAAAGUUGAAGAUGGUGGAAACCCUCCAAGAUCAAGUACAGCUAUCCUACAAGUUACAGUUACUGAUGUGAAUGACAAUCGCCCGGUCUUUAAGGAAAAUGAUAUUGAAGUUAGCAUUCCAGAAAAUGCUCCAGUGGGCACAUCAGUUUCACAGCUUCAUGCCACUGAUGCUGAUCUGGGAUCAAAUGCACAGAUCCUCUUCUCUUUCAGCAAUCAAAUCUCCAAUCUGGCCAGAAGACUGUUUGCCAUAGAUAACACCACUGGUCUUAUCACAAUUAAAGAGCCACUAGACAGAGAGGAAUCUCCUGUACACAAGUUAACUGUUUUGGCAAGUGAUGGCAGCUCAACUCCAUCAAGAGCAACAGUGACAAUAAAUAUCACAGAUAUUAAUGACAAUGUACCAUCAAUAGACACAAGAUACAUCAUUAAUCCAGUGAAUGGGACUGUGCUUUUGUCUGAGAAAGCCCCACUCAAUACAAAAAUUGCCUUGAUUACAGUAAUGGACAAAGAUGCUGACCUGAAUGGAAAGGUUACCUGUUUCACUGACCAUGACGUCCCAUUUAGGUUAAAGCCAGUGUUUGACAAUCAGUUUCUGCUGGAGACAGCGACGUUUCUAGACUUUGAGGCUACCCGGGAGUAUGCCAUUAAAAUAGUGGCUUCUGAUUCAGGGAAACCUCCCUUAAAUCAGUCUGCAAUGCUCCUGAUUAAAAUAAAGGAUGAGAAUGACAAUGCCCCGGUUUUUACACAGCCUGUAAUAGGACUUUCCAUUCCUGAGAACAAUGCUCCUGGCACCCAGCUGACUAAGAUAAGUGCUACAGAUGCAGACAGUGGACGCAAUGCUGAGAUUAGCUAUAUGUUGGGCUCAGAUGCACCUCCUAUCUUCAACCUAGACCGCCGCACAGGCAUUCUGACAGCAGUGAGAAAGCUGGAUAGAGAAAAACAGGACCGGUAUUCCUUCACUGUUCUAGCUAAGGAUAAUGGGAUGCCACCCUUGCAGACCAAUGCUACAGUUACAGUGUCUGUUCUGGAUCAGAAUGACAACAGCCCUGCCUUCACCCACAAUGAAUAUAAUUUCUAUGUGCCAGAAAAUCUGCCCAUGUAUGGGACAGUGGGGCUUAUCACAGUUACUGAUGCUGACUCUGGAGAGAAUGCUGCUGUCACUCUCUCUAUAUUAAAUGGCAGAGAUAAUUUCAUUAUUGAUCCACUUACUGGUGUAAUAAGACCAAAUAUUACCUUUGACAGGGAGCAACAAAGUUCUUACACUUUCCAGGUGAAGGCUGUAGAUGGAGGAAGACUGCAACGCUCUUCAACUGCCAAGGUGACCAUUAAUGUGGUUGAUGUGAAUGACAAUAGGCCUGUUUUUGUUAUCCCUUCUUCUAACUACUCCUAUGAUUUAGUUCCAACAUCCACCAAUCCAGGCUCUGUGGUAACUAAAGUUUUUGCAGUUGACAACGACACAGGGAUGAAUGCAGAACUCCGCUACAGUAUUAUAGGCGGGAACUCAAGAGGUUUGUUUACAAUUGAUCAGUUAACAGGCAAUAUCACUUUGAAAGAGAAGGUAAUAACAUCAGAUCAUGGCUUACACAGGCUGGUAAUAAAAGUCAAUGACUUAGGACAGCCAGAGUCACUGUAUACAAUAGCACUGGUGCAUUUAUUUGUGAAUGAGACUGUUACUAAUGGUUCGUAUGUGCAAGAGCUUGUACGCAGAAACAUGGAAACACCAGUGGGCCAGAAUGUUGGGGAUGGUGAGAUAACCCCACAGACCAAUGAUUAUGUCAAAAUCAUCAUUGCUAUCAUUGCAGGCACCAUGACAGUUAUCCUGGUAAUUUUUGUCACUGCUUUGGUACGAUGCCGCCAGACACCUCGGCACAAGGUUGUCCAAAAAAGCAAGCAAAGUGGGGAAUGGGUCUCCCCAAACCAAGAGAACCGGCAGAUCAAGAAAAAAAAGAAGAAAAAGAAACGUUCCCCUAAAAGUCUCCUUCUCAAUUUUGUGACGAUUGAAGAAUCUAAACCUGAUGAUCCUGGCCAUGAGCAUAUAAAUGGUACUUUAGACAUUCCCGUAGAGUUAGAAGAACAGACUAUGGGAAAAUAUAACUGGGCCACCACACCAACCACAUUUAAGCCUGACAGCCCAGAUUUAGCAAAGCACUACAAGUCUGCCUCUCCACAGCCUACCUUUCAAAUUAAACCUGAAACUCCUGUGCCCCCUAAGAAGCACCAUGUCAUUCAGGAACUGCCUCUAGAUAACACCUUUGUGGUGGGCUGUGACUCACUCUCCAAAUGCUCCUCAAGCAGCUCGGACCCUUACAGUGUCUCUGAAUGCAGCUGUCAAGGAGGUUUCAAGACUCCAGGUCCCAUACAUACUAGACAGCACACAAAAAAAGUAGGAAGACCACAAACUCCUUUAAAAGAAACAAGCCUGGAACCAUGGACCCAGCCCCAGAAAAGUGAGACCAAAACAUUUUGGACCAGUGUAUCUCUCAGCCCUCAGAAUUUCUCAUGGACUGCUAUGUGCCCUUAACAUCAAACUUCUAACUGAAAACGGACAAGGGGCACUGCAGCCCACACACUACUUCUGAUGACUUCAUGACUCUCCACUGGUCAGUGGAUGCUAUUUUGGAGAGCCAUUAAUAGAGAUGAGUUACUGAAUAAGUAAGUUCCUUUUGACCAGCUAGGAGCUUCAGUAACUGAAGCUGCUGAAUACUAAUAAUAAGGCAUGGUGGCCUCGUCUACAGAAGAUGCUGACUGCACAGCAGUAUCUCUGCAUGGCUUCUUGGUGACUUUGACUGCACAGUAGGUUAUUGCUGCACAGUAGCAUCGCAUCAUGCUUUGUGCCACAUGAUGUUACUGCACAGUAGUAAUGAGCUACUGCGCAAUCAGUGUCUUGUGUAGACAUGGCUGCUGUAUACUACGUAAUUUUCGAUGAAACACACAAACUUUUGGGAAAUACUUGACCCUCAUUUACUAGCGAGGGUCUUUGCCUGUGGAUUAGGAUCAUCUGGAAACAUGAGAUACUUUAGAGUGGCCUCACUUGAAGGCUUCACCAUCCCCAAGUUUGUUGACUUUUGCAGCAUGAACUGUGAUACCAGUGUAUUCCCCUUAUACAUGUAACAGAGCGGUGUGUGGUUUUCUCUUAAUUUCAAAACAUAACCAAAAUUGUGGGUGCAGGGUUACCUUGCGUUAUUAAUAAAUAUUAGUAAGCAACAUAUCAGUUAUGGGCAUAGGGACUUUCUGGCUGCAUGACUUUCUGUUAGCAAAGCUGUGAUCACAUCCAUGCUCACAACUUCCGUGUGCUGGCAGAACCCUUCUUUCUUCUGGCAGAGCAGGGCUUGCUCUGUGAAUAGCAGAAGGCUUCUGCUGCUAUAAAGCCACUAAAAAGCAUGAGUAGAUGUUCCUGCUCUUUCUGCCAUGGCUCCUUUUAACAGCUGGUGUCUCCCAGUGUGUUGUGUGUUCCUUGCUGGCAUAGGUACUGUAGUUGAGCUGUACAAGCCUGCCAGAAGCUGAGUGGAUGUGGGAUGCCUUUUGGUGAUUUCCCUAUGGCAGCUGCUGACUGCUGGCAGAAGGCUUGUAAUGAAGACAAACUCUAAAUGUGGACAUUUCCUUGGUACAGACACUUUUCUCAGUUCUCCCAUUCUGUUCACUCUCUGGGCAAUGAUUUUUGUCUAUUGGCAUCCCACAAAAGACCAAGAGAGAGAUUAUAACCAUACUACACUCCUGUAAUUUCUUUCCAGUUCUGUGGAAAAAGUUUUGAGAAAUGCAGCAGAGAGUGCUCUAGUAUAUGCCAGAGUGAAUAGGAAACAUAACCAAAUGAUUGACAAUUUAAUCCUCUCUAACAUACGAAUUUAAUUUUACAGAUCUAGAAUUAAGGAUCACUAUAACUAACUGCAGAACCAUUUAAUCUUUCUUAGGAUCUGAGAAAUACUGUACUAGUGCAAGCUAUGAAGCUUAAUUAUAAAGACGUAAGUCUGGAGGGGAAAACGUACAUGCUAGUAAUAUCAGGCUCUUACUUUAUAGCUCCAAAUGUCUGUGAGGAGAGUCACUGAGUUUACCAAAAAUAGAAAUUCAUUCCUCUGGUAGCUGCUUGUGUCCUCACUCUGUAUUUCUUUGAGGCUUAAUGUCAAGGUGUCAUUAAGUCAUACUUCAGCUAAGCCUCUAAUACACAAUCUAAAUUGGAUUGUCCAAUAUACUGCACAAAAUGUUGAGUCCAGUAUCUUGAACUAGGCAGUCUUUUAAUUUUCUACUUUGUGUUUGGUCAUCUCAAGGCCUUUACUAAUCUCUGGUGGGCACCCUUUGAAGCUGCGUAGCCAGAUUGGGGUAGUUUUUCUCUGCACUGUUGCUUGGGUAAACAUUUGUGGUAUUAUUAGUUAUUUCAAUAGUCUCAUCAUCAUCCCCAUGGGGAAACUUUCCAUACAGAUAGCCUACAGUUUCUUUACCAAGUGACUUUUAGAAGAAAUCGCUGUGGAUAAGAGUACACAGAAAAUUAUAAAUCCGAGUAAAGUUAUUUUGCCACAGUGAGAUAUGGGAAUGGGAAGAAAAAUGUAUUAUUAAAUUGUAUAUGGCCUAUAACUCUAGCACACAAGGGCUUUAAAAGAGAUUCUAAAGCAAUGGGUAAUGUGAACUAACCACAAACAUUAUUUAAAGCCUAGAGAAAACACUCCAAGUACUGUGCUGUGUAGAUAAUUACAUUUUGGCUCUGACGGACUUCUCAGAGGAGUGAAUUCCAAAAGGGAAGAGGGCUUCCUAAAGCUGUUCCUGUUGUUCCUCGAGUGUUUUAGCUUAGAAACAAGUAAUAGCAAAAGUUUUCCAGUUAAACUUCAGAACUACACAAAAUAUGAGGUGAAAAGGAAUUUCCAAGGUAUGGCCCUGAGCUUUACAGAUUGUCAUGAUUUCUUUAUCGAUUCCACAUAAUUAUUCAGGAGGUCAAACAUGAGACUUUUAUGCACAAGUCCACAUUUUUGUGCUUGUACAAAACAGGCAAGUGCAAUACUUGAGAAUAACUCUGUGUAUUGAACAUUAUAGUUGUAUAGUAAAGGCAAACAAUCAAACAACCCCC